AUGGAGACCCUUCUCCCAAACUCCAGUGAUUUCAUUCUUUUAGGACUUAUCACCAAUCCUGCAUACCCUGGGAUUCUUUUUGCAGUGAUCUUCUCCAUCUUUGUGGUGGCUGUAACAGCCAAUUUGGUCAUGAUUCUGCUCAUUCAUGUGGAUUUCCGACUGCAUACACCCAUGUACUUCUUGCUCAGCCAGCUCUCCAUCAUGGACACUGUCUACAUUUGUAUCACUGUCCCUAAGAUGCUCCAAGACCUCCUGUCCAAGGACAAGACCAUUUCUUUCUUGGGCUGUGCGUUUCAGAUUUUCCUCUACCUGACCCUUAUUGGAGGAGAAUUCUUCCUGCUGGGCCUCAUGGCUUAUGACCGGUACGUGGCUGUGUGCAACCCAUUGAGAUACCCAGUCCUCAUGAACCGUAAGAUUUGCUUGUUCAUGGUCCUGGGGUCCUGGAUUGGUGGCUCUUUGGAUGGAUUUAUGCUGACACCUGUCACCAUGAGCUUUCCUUAUUGCGGGUCUCGGAAGAUCAAUCACUUUUUCUGUGAGAUUCCUGCUGUGCUGAGGCUGUCCUGCAUUGACACUUCACUCUACGAGACACUGAUGUAUGCUUGCUGUGUUCUGAUGCUUCUUAUUCCUAUAUCCAUCAUCUCCGUCUCCUACACACGCAUCCUAGUCACUGUCCAUCGCAUGAGCUCUGCUGAGGGCCGGCGCAAAGCCUUUGCUACUUGUUCCUCCCACAUUAUGGUGGUGAGCAUUUUUUAUGGGGCUGCCUUCUACACUAAUGUGCUUCCCCAUUCCUACCACACACCGGAGAAAGAUAAGAUUGUGUCUGCCUUCUACACUAUCCUCACCCCCAUGCUUAACCCGCUUAUCUACAGCUUGAGGAAUAAAGAUGUGGGCACAGCUCUGAGGAAAAUCCUAGGGAGAUUUGCCUCCUCCCAGAGAAUCAGAGCAGGGGAUGGAUCUAGGGAAUUCUAG